CGAGUGACUACGCAUCGUCCUGGUGGGGACACAAGUCGCGCGUUUCGUCCUUACACCGCCAAAUUCAACCAGUAUUCGAUUGAUUUUGCACGAGGUUGUACAUAGUGCUCAUAAUUUAAUUUUUAUUUUUGGAAUAUACAUCACUAAAACAAAUCAUUAAUAAUGGGUGGAAUGACACAGCGACCUUGGACUCCAACAAAGCGUCGUGGACCCAUCGCUGCUGAAUUCAAGGGUCCUGGACCAGCAUGCGUGGCAUUACCGUCCUAUAUAGGCAGAAGAACUGCCGAGUCAAGAUCUGAGCGAGCUCCAGCGUUUAGUUUCGGAUCAAGGCAAAAUGGAAAAUUAGAAAGCAUCGGUCCAGGUCCGGGCCAAUAUAACAUAACGGGAAUGAGUGCAAAAGGUAAAGACACACCUCCAGCAUUAAGUUUACAUAGUAGGCCAAAAGAUCAAAAGCCUGAAAAUUUCCCGGCCCCCGGAGACUAUAAUCCAGAUAAGGCUGAAAAAGUGAUACAUGACAGUGCUCCAAAAUAUACAUUUGGGCUAAAGACUAAUGUAGAUAAACCACUAGACACUCCAGCUCCCAAUGUCUACAAAAUUGCCGAGACCCUAACUGCCGAUGCCCCAAAAUACUCUUUUGGAUCCAAGGUCAACAUAGAAAAACCAGAUAUUGUGCCUGCUCCAAACAGUUACAACGUUCCUAGAGCAGAUAAUGUUUUAAGAAGGUCUCUUAGGUAUAGCUUUGGACGUAAAACAAAUAAUAAAAAUUAUAGUAUAACUCCUGCACCAAACGUAUAUAAUAUUCCAUCGGCUGUAGGUGACAGAGGAUCACCGGCUUAUACUAUAUCUGGUAGAACUAAGGAACUCUUGGACGAACGUGUUAAAAAUCCUGCUCCAGGGCAGUACAAUAAUGUAGAUCCUGAGUUCUAUAAAAGCCAUUCUCCAGCAUAUACGAUGAGCGGAAGAAUUAACGUUCCCAAAGAUGAUAAAAUUCCUGGGCCUGGUGUUUAUUCACCUGAAAAAGUUAUUUUAGACGCUCCGCCAGCACAUAGUUUUGGAAUAAGACAUUCCGAAUUCUCUGAACACUAUUGAUCAACAUCGUCAAACCGAAAACAUCGACCGACUGUGUUGCUUCCAUCCGAAGGACACAGAAAUCAUCAGAGAACAACUUUAUUGGUUCUUAAAAUAUUAUAAACUCACUGAAAAAAUUCGGAAGGGUUUAGAAUAUUUUAAAAAUUGUUUCAAGAGUAGCAUUUAUAUACCUCAAUGUGAAUAUUAUUUAAAUUAAAUAUUUUAGGUUUAUUAUUGCAGGUUUUGCUUUUUUUCUAAUACGUUGCUAUUAAUACAUGCUUUGAAAAGUUUUGAGAUGAUGAGUUUUAAAUAUACAAGCUUGUUUGUCACUUAAAUGCUAUUUUUGAUAGUCUCAUUCUUGUCACUUUUUCGAAAAAGUAACAUUUUUAUCAUUUUUUAAAUAAAAUCUUUAA